AUGAAGGCCUACUGGUACGACAACAAGCCGGGCGACCAGCGCGAACCCCAUGAUUCGGGCCGCCCGGUCUCAGAGGAUUACCUCGCUUCCCUCGGCGUCGUCUAUCAUCAUCUCCCGGAUAUCGCAGGCGUCGAUGCGCUUGCUAAAGAACGCGGCUACAAGAACCGCGACGAGGUCGUCGUUGCGCCCGCCACCAUGGGCGAGGCCUACGAGUCCAAGGUGAAGAUGUUCUUCGCUGAGCAUCUCCACGAGGAUGAGGAGAUCCGGUACAUCCGUGAUGGCGAGGGAUACUUUGAUGUCCGUGGGAAGGAGGACGAGUGGGUGCGCAUUAGGCUGGUGAAGGAUGACUUGAUCAUCCUCCCCGCAGGCAUCUACCACCGGUUCACGACGGAUGAUAAGAAUUACAUCAAGGCGAUGCGUCUCUUCCAGGAGGAGCCUAAGUGGACUCCUCUGAACCGUGGGCCAGGACUCGAUGGCAAUCAGCAUCGUAAGGCGUAUGUUGAGAGCUACAGCGCCCCUUCUGUUGCUGCCAAUUAG